GAAGGAAGAGGAAGAGGAAGGAAAUCAAGAGUACUCUGAAAAAGGAGAGGAGAAAAGGAGGAUAAAGAAAAACGAGGAAAAGGAGGAAAGUGAAUAAACAAGAAAAAGAAAGGAAGAAAGGAAGGAAAUAAACAAUACAGAAAGAAAAGGUAGAAAAUAAAAGAGGAUAAAAAGGAGAAGAAUAAAGAAAAUAAAACAAGAAAAAGAGAAUCAAACACCACUCACCAUCACCACCACCAUCUUCAUCACCAUCAUCACCACCACUUCGAACUCAAGGGGAUGGUGUGUGUGGUGAAUGUGGUAUGUGGUGGUGGAGGUGAGGGGGGGUGUGGGUGCCCUGAAGUGUGGUGAUGGGGGGAAGGCAUAGCAUCUCCACCAGUCAUCUCCACCACCACAGCUAUCUCCACCUCCUCCUCCACCUCCUCCACCUCCUCCUCUUCCACGUGUCUUCAGUCUAACUUAUGUGGGUAUGGUGACCUCCGCCCCUUCUCCACUCUCCUCCACCUCCUCCUCCUCCUCCUCCUCCUUCUCCAUUUCCUCCUCCUCCACUUCUUCCGUCGUCGUCUCCUCCUCCUCCACCUCCUCCUCCUCCUUCAUCUUCGUCGCUACUGUUCUUUGAGGAGGCCAUGUGGAGCGGGGCGGCACGCGUGUGGGCGGUGGGCGUGGUGUGCGCCGUGCUGGGCGUGCGGGAGGGCCAUGCGGCGUGCACCAUGGCGGAGUUCCCGUGCCGCAGCAAGCAGUGCAUUAGUCUCGACCGGUACUGCGACGGCCGGCGAGACUGCGAGGACAACAGCGACGAGCCCUCCGGCUGCUCGCCGUGCAACAGGACCUACUACGGGCGAGUGGGCGCUACCUAUCGGCUGCACAUCCCACGGCCGCGACGGGGAACGCUGCCGCACUUCUGCCAGCUCACUUUCAUCGCCUCGGGGGACACUUACGGCGACCUGGUGCAGCUCAGCAUUGAAAAGUUCACCCUCGGCAGGUUCGUGUCGCACACCUCGGCGGGCUGCCCCGACGGCUACAUGCAGAUCGAGGAGCUGAGCCGCCCCCUGAACAGCGGCUACUGGUGCGGCACGGCGUGGGGCCACAACGUGUUCUACUCCGAGACCUCGGCCAUCACGGUGAUGCUGCGCGUCUUCAACCUCACCGACGACGCCCCCAGCGCUAACCCCGCGGCCUAUUCUCCGCAGGAGGACGUCAUGCUGGGCGUGUCCUACAGGUUCCUGAGGAAGGAACGCGCGGUGCUGCGCUACGGUGCGCCCUACAGCCCCACCUACCGCGGCGAGGACGUGCCCAACACCUUCUGCGACAAGGUCUUCGAGAACUGCGACAAGAAGAACUGCAAGGUACAGUCCCCGAACUUCCCGGGCAUGUACCCGCGCAACCUGACCUGCCACUACCGCCUCAGCCAGACCCGCGUGCCCGACGGCAAGGUGGCGCUGAUCCGCGUGCGGCAGCGCAACCCGCACCUCAUCUACAUCAAGGACCGCAACGCGCCGCACCUGUCCCGCGAGAGGAAGCUGCAGGUGGGCUCGGCGUGCCACGUGCUGCACGACUACCUGGUGGCCUACGACGGGAACAGCACGCGCGCCGCCGUGCUGGCCACGCUGUGCAAGGGCGGCGCGAUCCUCAGCGGCAUCACCUCCAGCGGGCCCCACCUGCUGCUCGUCUUCCACGCCUCGCCCUUCGACUUCCCCUUCCAGGACUCGCCGCGCCGCCGCACCUUCGGCUUCGAGCUGGACGUCGAGGUGGAGUUCGUGGACAGGGAGAGCACGGCGUACAUCCGCGAGGGCGCCGCCUGCAACUACACAGUGAGCAGCCGCGGCCAGCGCAGCGGGUACGUGCAGUCCCCCGUGCACUCCCUGCUGGCCAACACCACCUGCUGGUGGCGCCUGCUGGCCGGCAGCACCGAGGUGGUGUGGCUCUACUUCCUCCACUACCGCCACGUCCACCACCCGGAGAUGCCCACGCCCGCCCACUGCUCCAACACCCUCACCAUCACCGACGGGGACGCUAUCGUGGACCCCGCGCCCGCCCCCGCCCCCGGCACCGCCCUCGCCCUGGACGACGCCGAUAACGCGACGCUCAACAUCAGCAUAGCGGAGGAGGCGCCGCCCGCCGCCACGGUGAUCGGCACCUUCUGCCGCCCCGACCACCUACCGCGCGUGUGCUCGGGCGUGCACGCGCCGGGGCCGCACGCCGCGCCGUGCCUGCCGGGCGAGAGCUACGUGUCCGCCUCGCCGGCGCUCACGCUGUCCCUGCGGUACGCGGCGGGCACGGCGCCGGCACACGUGGAGUUCCUGGCGCGCUACGAGUUCGUGGACAAGCGGCAGUGGGGGACGCCCACCCCCGGCGGCGGCCCCUGCGACCGCACCUUCACGGUACAGCCAGAUCGGCUCUUCGCCUCGCCGCGGGACGUGUUCCUCUUCGGCCGCGGCGGUGCGCGCAAGCUGCGCUGCGUGUACACGUUCCGCGCUGGGCCGCGACAGCGCGUGGGGCUUCGCAUCCUGCGGGCCAGGAUGGGCUCAGGCUGCGGCACGCGGUACCGCCAGGCCUCGCACCGCUACGAGUGCUCGCACGAGGGCGCGGGGGACCAGCCGGCCAUCUGGCUGAGCGAGGAGCCGUGGGAGGGUGUGCCGCUGGUGCGCGCCUGCCUGUGCAACGUCUCACACGAGCGGCCCUUCACGCUGACGUCGUACACGCGGCAGGUGCGGCUCACCUUCAGCGUGCCCGUCAUGACGCCCGCCGCGGACUACAACGACUUCUUCCUGGAAGGCGAGUACUCGCUGCUGCCCGCCGCGCCGGAGUGCCGGCGCAGCGCGCGCCGCCUCGCGGGCCGCCACGGCAACUUCACCGUGGGCGCCGCCGCGCGCCGCGACCUCUGCGCCGCCCUGCCGCGCCUCGUCACCGCCGCCGAUGGCUCCUUCCUGUUCCUGCGCGUGCGCGGCCACGCCGCCUCCGAAGACAACUGCGGCGCGGCGACGCGCAUCAACGUGUACGCCGUCGGCGGCCUGGCACCCCUGGCCUCCAUCUGCCCCGACGCGCGCCUAGACUACACGCACGUGUUUAGCAGCGGCUGGCGCGGCGCCAACGACACGGCGCAGCAGAAAGUGUCGGCGGCAGACCUGUGGAGCGGCGCAGCGGCGGGCAGCGGCGGCAGCCUGCACCUGGGCCAGAGCCACUACUACUACCACCGCCAACAGCAGCAGCAGGCGGCGGCGGCGGAGCGGCAGCAGCGGGGGCGGCCCAGCCAGCGGCAGCGGCAGCAGGCGUCGCGGGACCUGGUGGUGGAGUUCGUGGGCAACGGCAGCGAGCGCGUCAUGGUGUCGUGGGUGGGCGUGUGGCGGCCCAUGCAGACGGCGCCGCUGUCCCCCGUGGGCGUGGACCUGUGUCCGCACCGCUGCCCGCAGAUCGAGGCGUGCUUGCCCGCCGACCUGUGGUGCGACGGCUCCGUGCACUGCCCCUCCGGCCUGGACGAGGGCGCGGCGGCGUGCGGGCUGCUGGCGGCGCUGCCCUGGGUGUACCUCGGCGCGGGCGGCGUGCUGGCCGUGUCACUGCUGGCGCUGCUGGCGGCCGUGGUGGUGCACCGCCGCCGCCUGCACGCCCUCAAGCGGCAGGAGGAGGCGGCGGCGGCGGUGGCCAACAACAGCCACGGCCUCAAGAGCACCACGCAGGACUUCCUCCUCCCGCCCGACAAGGACUCGUGGUGACAAGAGGCCCAUUCUGGCGACGUGGUGCGCGUCGACUACGAGACCACCGUGUAGUGCGUGCGUGUGUGUGUGUGUGUGUGUGUGUGAGAGAGAGAGAGAGAGAGAGAGAGAGAGAGAGAGAGAGAGAGAGAGAGAGAGAGAGAGAAAGAGAGUGAAUGAGAGAAAGCAAGAAAGAAAGACAGAGAGAGAAAGUGACUACCGGUGGUCAGCGCACAGGUACAGGUAAACACAAGGACAGGUAAAGGAAGAGAACAGGUGUGCUGGUAAUUGGAAGCGGCCAAACAGAGACAGAUGCAUCAGGGCAGGUGUGUGGACAGGUGUGGACAGGUGUGCGGGUCGCUAGGAUGGGAAAAAGAAAAGGAAGAAAAGGAGGAAGAAAAAAAAAGAACAAGAAGAACAAGAAGAAGAGGAAGAAGAAGAGGAAGAGGAAGAAGAUAGGGGUGACAAAGAGGCGUUAAAAUCUGUACAUACACGGAUCUUUGUAAGCGGUGUACAUAUGUAAGUUUACUAAGUGUACAUGGUUAUCGUUUUAUACAAGUAUCACUAUUGUUAUACCGAAGCUUGAGUGCGUGUGUGUGUGCGUGUGUGUAUGUAUGGGUCUGUGUGUGUGUGUACCGAUGCAUUUAACCGUGUAUGUGUGUGUAUGUAUGAGUGUAAGUGUGUGUACCGAAGAAUUUAAGUGUGUGUGUACGUGUGUGUGCGUUUGUGUGUUCAUGUCCGUACGGGUCCAUAGAAUCGUGUACGUAAAAACCAGCUCAUGUACGCACGAAUCACCAAGCCAUGUGCGUGUUUUUAUAUGACCGUGUACGUCUAUGUGUACGAGCUUGCGACCCCUUAGUUGGCAACACUGAAAUUUACGUACACACAAAACAACGUACACGUGUGCGUUGAAGCUCUCCCCUUUUGUGUGUACGUAAUGUGACCCCUUACCCUCCUUGUGUACGCUUCUAAACCCCUUAACGCAUUAGACCAUUAAAACCCCCAUUACCUCGACCCCCUCCCCCCUUAGCAUAAAAACACCCCCUUCUUCAACCCCCUCCCCCCAUCAGUAUUUACAUGCCCCCCUUAACCCCUAAAACCCUCCCCAUUAGUAUUUAAAUGAACCCCCUUUCCCAUUAGCAAAGAAAGACACCUACCUCAGACCCCUUCCUACCAUCCCAUUAGCAAGACACAUUACCUCAAUUCCCCUAUUUCCCACUCUAUUAAUAUUUAAGACCCCCACUGACCCCCUCUCCCCGCCCCAUUAGUAUCGAAAUAACUCCUUGAAUCACUCCCCUCCUCACCCCAUUAGAAAUACACCUUCUUGAACCCACCCCACUAGCAUUAAAGUAACCCCUUAAACUUAUCCCAAUUCCCCCCCCAUUAGUAUUAAAAUCACUUUCAAAUAUGAGUCCCACUUUACCCAACCCAUUAGAGUUAUAUAAACAAGCCUCCCUCCCCCUCCUCUCACCCGAACCCAUUAGUGCAUUCAAAACAUCCCACCCAAACCAUUAACAUUAUACUGAAAGGCAAGCCCAACACCCCACAUUGCCUCCACCCAAACCCAUUAGCGAAUUAAAAACAAACACUACCCCAUUACCCAUUAGAUAGUUAAAGGCAACUAUCUCCCCAAAACAAAUGAUUAAGUAGACCAUUAAAGACAUACCCCCUUUAACUAUCCCUUAACCCCCAACCCAUUAACUCAAACCCAAUCCAUUAGCACAAGACAAACAACCCCAUUCAUCCCCCCACUCCCUCCCUCCCAUUACAAACCCCCCCUCCAUUACCCAUUACCCAUCCCCACCCGUUAGUGAGUUAUAUGAAGAUUUCCUAUUUCCAACCCUCCAUAAUGAGAGAGAGAGAGAGAGAGAGAGAGAGAGAGAGAGAGAGAGAGAGAGAGAGAGAGAGAGAGAGAGAGAGAGAGAGAGAGAGAGACUGAGUGAGAGAGAGAGAGA